AUGGUGAGAAGAUCUUCACCGUUGGGACCAAGGGAAGUGCGGGUGAUGGUAGACAGCUGUUUGCAAGUAUCGAUGUUUUUUAGCACUGCUUCGUCGAGGCCGGAGAGAUGCCGGUGCCCUUCUUUCAGCAUUCUGUGUAUUCCAUACGGCUGUAUCGAGAACCCUACCAUUUUCAGUUCAAAUGCAAGGAGAGAGUUAUCAAAUUCCUUCAGAAAACGAGGACAAGAAGAGGGAAACCAGAGAAAAAGCCCUAGAAGUGUAGAACCCUUGUUGUCUUUCCCUCUUUCUAUUAUGCUUUUAGUAAGCCCUAGAAUUUGA